AUGAGUCGCAUCUCCUUGGAACGUGUAGUACUGUUUUCACAGAUCCUGACGGAGAUCAGCGCCCUCAGCCACCUCUCGUUGAACGUGCCGUUCACAGUAGCCCGGGGCAGCACGGUUACGCUAGAGGCACGAUUCGCCCUCAACAACGCCGCUGAGUCACUUCAAUCCAUAAUUUGGUAUCGCAACGACGAGGAGUUCUGCCGUUUGAUCGUUAGGUCUGAUGGCGGCUUCACCGACAUUUACACAGAUCGUGAAGGAGUCUACAUCGACAAAUUCAAGACGAAUUUGAGGGACGGUUUCUGUGAGGUGAUGCUGCGUAAUAUAGCUUUAGAGUCGACGGGUCGCUACCGCGUCGAAGUGAAUACGGCGCUGCCGUUCGCGACUCAAAUGUCAUCGGAGGAGGUCAUGGUCGUAGUCGUUCCGCCCAGGGACGGACCGUCGAUUACCGGAGGGAUCCGAGAAGGUAAAGGGGGCGCCUACUUGGACAUGAUGUGCAUUUCGGGGAAAUCGACUCCCGCCGCUCAACUUCAAUGGUUUAUCAACGGGAAAGCCGUGAACCCACAACUCGACGUGGUUAGGUAUCCGGUAGAGCAAGACGAGGAGGGACUGCAGCAGAGUCGACUGCAGCUCCUCAUGCGAGUUGACGAGCGGAAACAUUUCCGCAAAGGCAAAGGCUAUCGGAUACGGGUACGAUGCGUCGCCACUCUCCGAGACGGCUUCGAGCUCUUCGAUGACCGUGUGUUCCGCCAAAAAACUCAGAAUUCAAACGACAUAGAAGCUCAGGAAAUUCUUCACACCACGCUAGUCUCUUCGGGAGGAGGAAACGUCCAGAAAUCAUCGAGCUCCGUGACGACUGUGUUACUGUUGAUUGUUUACUAUGUAAUAUUGUCGAUGAAAAUUGUAUAAUCGUGAAUAAGCGAAGAAUCCGUCGAAUAAAUUCU